CCCACCGCCGCGGCGUCCGCCCGCAGCCCGGCUGCUGCUCUGCGUCCCUCCGCCCGCAGCCGGAACGAGGCGAGCAUAAAACCCGCGUAGAACCCAGCUCUCGUGUGAAGGGACGCGGGAGCAGUCCGCCUUGGCUGUGCCGCCGCCGCCCUCCCGCGCAUAGCAAUCAUGAACAGUGGCAGCGGCAUUUUCUGGAUGAUGGGUAUGGCUUGGGCGCUGACCGUGCUGGGGGCCACUGCUUUGGCCACAGAAGGUCGCUGCUUGCCAGGAGGGAAGCACAAGCCCAGCCCAAGCCCAGAAGGACAGCUGGGUGUCUGCCAGGUCUAUGCAGAAAAUGCAUGUUGUUCCUCAGAGAUCACCCAGGACCUUUCUAAAGCCAAUGACAUCUAUUGGAACCGCUGUGGAAGCCUAAGUCACAGAUGUGAGGAGUAUCUGCAGCAAGUGGAAUGCUUCUACCGCUGUUCCCCUAUGGCUUUCCAGUGGCCUCAUCCCCAUCGCCCCACAGCCUUGCUGGCUGUGCCUCUUUGCCAGAGUUUCUGUGACCAGUGGUACGAUGCUUGCAAGGAUGAUCUGACCUGUGCUCGCAACUGGCUUACUGACUGGAAAUGGGGGCCUGAUGGAAAUAACUGCAGUCACGAUUGUCUUCCAUAUAGCCAGGUGUACAAAGAUGGGAAGGAUUUGUGUGAGACCAUCUGGGACGACACGUUCACAGUGAGCGCAGACCCCUGUGAGUGCUUGACGCUGUCUGCCUCUGACGCAGCCGUCUCGGCCUCUUAUUCCCAGCUCGAAGACAGCGACAGCAUGGAAGAUCCUGACACCACCAAGGCAGGCAGCAGACAAGAAGGCCGCCCUGGCACCGGCAGGCUCUGUACAGGCAACCUGCUGCUCCAGCGCCUGAGGAGGAACAUGCAGAAACGCUCGGUCUUCAUGGAAGAUGUGGAGGGGAGUGGGAGUGGGUUCUGAUCCACGACAGCCACACUUCCAGGGGAAAAUAACCCCCUCCCCUGUGAUUGCCUGGGGCUUAUGGGGGGAUCGCUUGUGAUCUAUGCAAAUCUGUCAUGUCCCACGUUACCAGCUUCUUGCCAUCCUGUAUAGAGCUCUGUGCAACUUGGUAUGGUCAUGGUCUAGGAAGCAGAUCUGGCACCAUAGCAGGGCCCUUGAGUCCCAUGCCCUCGCAGUAGCUUUUCCCCAACCAAGGCAUCUUCCUCUUCUGAAAUCCCAUCUGUGGCUCCUGCUUUCGUCAGGCUCUCUGGGUUGUACUGGUAGAAAGACAUGGUUACAGAGCAAUUCAUGGAAGUAUCGUUCCACCUACCUCUCGGUCCAAAUACUAUCAGACCUCCAAGGUCCUUCCAAGGGCUGGCCCAAAUGGUCCUUGUUUACCUUCUCCUCAGGUACAGGAGCGAUGGCAAAGAGGGCAAUCCUUCAAAGGUUCUUUCGAGAAAGCGAACAAUGGUGUGGUAAAGAAACAAGUGUAUUGUGUACCGGAAAAGUGAGACUCCACUUGGGCUUCGGGUACACUUCCCAGUGGGACAGCAGGCAACAGAAAAAAAUGCUGGCUGUUGGGUUGUGUUAGAGCAGAAAUUAACAGCUCUGGCACUCAAAAUCUUUUAGAAGUACAACCCUCACAGUCCUUCAGAACCAGUGGUGUUGUUAAGGGCUGAUGGGAGUUGUAAGCCGGAGGGCCACAGCUGCUUAGGGGCUGGGACCCAGGACAGCUGCUGUUACUUAAGGAGCAAUAAUUGCAAUGCCAUUGAAGUAGUUCGUGCCCCUUAAUAGUUUUAAAUUUUAUGCAAUCAAAUAUGGGGUGUGGUGGUGGCAAGACUGUAAGCUUGUUUUUAAGUGUAAUCAGGCAACGCAUAUGUUUUAGGGAAUACAUAUUUUCAGAUAUUCUGUACGUGAAGCAUAGCAUAUAGCGAGGAAAGGUCAGGGCCGUAUAGCAAACACCCUCAUUUU